GAAUCCAACUGGAGGCCCAGCCCAUUACACUCGUUUUCUUGGACUGCGCCGAACCCGACCCACGCGGCCACGCCCAUCACCUACCCCUUCGUCGGCGACGCCGGAUCGCCGCGCCGCCGCAUCCGCCGCCGCCAUGCAGCUCCUCCGGACGCGCCUUCUCCCUCUCCUCCGCGCGACCUCCCGGCUCCCUUCCCCUAUCCACCACCCCGCCUGCCUCCUCUCCACCGCCGCCGCCCCAUUCUCCCUCGAGGACUACCUCGUCGCCGCCUGCGGCCUCGCCCCAGCUCAAGCCCGCAAGACGGCGAAGAAAGCGUUCGAUGAAUCAUCCCAAGUUUACAAGAAGGCAUUCGAGGACCUCGCUUGGUCCCGCCUCAACUCCGCCUCCAACCCCGACGCCAUCCUUGCCCUGCUCUCUGGCGUCGGCCUCUCCCGUGCCGACAUCGCCGCCGUCGUCGCUGCGGACCCGCUGCUCCUCCGCUCCAAGCCCAACAACAUCGGUCCCCGCCUUUUCGCUCUCCGUGACCGCCUCGGUCUGUCCGCUCCUCAGAUCGUUCGCUUCCUCCUGGUCGGCUCACGCUCUCUCCGCAACUGCGACGUUCUUCCCAAGCUCCAGUUCUGGAUCUCGUUCUACGGCUCAUUUGAGCAGGUCCUGGUGGCAGUAAAGAGGAACAACAGCCUCCUAGAGGUGAGCCUUGAGAGGGUGAUCGAGCCUAAGAUAGCGUUGUUUCGUCAGUUUGGUGUUCGAGAUAUUGCCCAGAUGUGUUCAAACAACCCGCGGUUGUUAACGUUCAGCCUGGAGCGCCUGAAGGACUUUUUGCUGCGGGCAGAAGAACUUGGGGUGCCUCGCACUUCCCGUAUGUUCAAGUACGCGGUGUCUUUGGUUGCCAGUAAUUCCAAAGAGAAGGUUGCUGCCAAGCUUGUGUUAUUGAAGAGGAUUCUUGGUGGUUCUGAGUCUGAUGUUUAUACUGCAAUGUCCAAGAUGCCAAGUAUAUUAUCAAUCUCCGAAGAGAAUAUUACCCGCAAGAUUGAGUUUCUUGUCAAUGAGGUUGGGAUGGAGCCUCAGUAUAUUCUUGAAAGAAUUGUUCUGCUUGGAUAUAGCCUGGAAAAGCGUCUGCUCCCACGACAUAGGGUUAUGCAGGCCUUGCAUGCAAAGGGAUUGUUGAAUAGCAAUUUGAACUUAUUUUCAUUGGCUGUAAUUGGAGAGGAGGCUUUCAUAUUGAAGUUCAUUGACUGUCACAAGGACAAAGUUCCUGGUCUUGCAGCUUAUUAUGCCAAAGCUUGUGCUGGUGAUGUGCCCCCUGAAGUCCAACUAUCGUCCUGAAAUAUUUAAUAUUCUUGGUAUCAUUCAGGUGGAUUGUAGAAUUGCAACUCAUGCUCAUUUGUUGUCCAUGAUGCAGACUUUCGAAUUUUUGUUUCAGCAAUAUAACUACUCUAAUUGUCGACUAGUCAUUGUCCAAGUUUUACCUGUGGUUAUCUAUAAAGCAUUGGUUUGAGCUAUUUUAGAGACUUACCGGCUAUAGUCACUUCUUCCUAGCACAUGACUUACAUUAUCCUCAAGAGUUGGAGCUGCCUGUGAGACGCUUGCAUGAUACUCUGUGUGGAAACAACAAACAUUUCAUACUUCUCUGGACUGUUUUGAGUCCAAUGAGCUCAACCUCCGCAAAGAAUAUGAUUGUUCGUUUGGCCUGAAGGGGAUGAGUUACUAAUAGUCGGAUAAACCAUUGGUAAACUGUUAAUGUAUUGGUAUUGCCUUAUCGAACUCAUGACUCAGUUACUGGAACACAACUACACAAAGAGAAACUCAGGCCUCCACCUUUAUGAUUCAAGAGGCGGAGGUGCUAUAUCUGCUUCCGGUGCUGUACUCGAUGAUGCAACCGCUGAUGUUCUUUCAUAACUUCAGAUGCACUUUGGUCUGGUUCUGGAACACUGGACCUUGCAGCAUGUCCAAUGUUUUGGGGGUUGACUGGCAAAUUCGGCAUGAGGAUUGCAAUCUGCUUUCGGCAUUUGGUGUGCUCCGUUCACCUGGAGCAUCAUCUGCCCCGACGAAGGCCAUUGGGGAAGAAGACUGUGGAAGGACCUGGAUAGAUAUUGUAUUUUCUUUGUUUCAGGUUCUCCGUUUAUAAUUUGGGAAUGUAGUGUGCCAACUCAUUAAUCUAAUUUCCUGUUCCCAUAAAAAAUGAUGAUCAAUUUUUCUUGAA